GAGGGAGUUCAACAGCAAGUGUAGAAGAUGCCCCCCAAAGGGAAAAGCAGUUCUGGAAAAGGGGAGAAAGGGGGUUAUGCCUCUGGGAGUGACAGUGCUGACAAGAAGGCUCAGGGCCCAAAAGGUGGUGGCAAUGCAGUAAAGGUCAGACACAUUCUUUGUGAAAAACAUGGCAAAAUCAUGGAGGCCAUGGAAAAGAUAAAGUCUGGAAUGAGAUUCAGUGAGGUGGCCACACAGUAUAGUGAAGAUAAAGCCAGGCAGGGGGACGACUUGGGUUGGAUGACAAGAGGGUCCAUGGUGGGACCAUUUCAAGAAGCGGCAUUUGCCUUGCCUGUAAGUGGGAUGGAUAAACCUGUGUUUAAAGAUCCACCAGUUAAGACAAAAUUUGGAUAUCAUGUAUUAUGGUUGAAGGCAGAAAAUAAAGCACCUGUAACCAAGAACCCAGGAUCAAUCCUAAGAAUUCUCCAGAACAUUACUGUCUACGGAAUACACCUCAUUCAUGAAUGUGUACCUUCCCUUAGAGUGCGCUAUGAUAUCAAUCUCCAGUUCUUCUAG